AUGGAUCUCAAUGAGAUCAAACAGAACGACAUCUCUAAGGACCACCCCACAUUGGUCCGAUGGUAUAUCGAUGUCAGACGUUGGGAUGAGACCUUUUUUGACCUCCCUUUACUUAAUACCUUAACUCCAUCUGAUCAGACAGCCGUUAAGAAGUACUAUCAAAUCUCGGACAAGCGCCUGUCCUUGGCCUCCCAGCUCCUGAAAUAUUACUACGUUCACCAAGCCACUGGCACUCCUUGGAAUAAAAUUGAGAUUCAGCGUACCCCAAUUCCCGAAAAUCGCCCAUUCUACGACUCAAGUCUUGAUUUCAACGUAAGCCACCAGGCUGGUCUCACGCUUUUCGCAGGCACGCGUGCGGUAACAGCCCACUCAACCGGGGAACCCCAAGGUUUGCCUCGCGUGGGCGUUGACAUUGCCUGUGUCGAUGAACCCUCUCGUCGUCGCUCUAAUCGUCCCCCGAAGACACUUGCCGACCUGGCAACUUUCGUCGAUGUCUUCACUGAUGUUCUCUCACCCCGUGAGCUUGCGACCAUCAAGAACCCCUAUGUGACUCUUCAAUUGGCGCGUAAGCUUGGUUUCAGGAAAAGUGACCCGAGCAAAGACAACGAGGAAGUUCUUGCUGCCUACGGUGUUCGGUUAUUCUACUCGAUUUGGGCUCUCAAGGAGGCCUACUUGAAAAUGACCGGAGAUGGCCUUCUGGCCACUUGGAUAAAGGAUCUGGAAUUCACAAACGUCAUUCCCCCCGAGCCCGUUCAGAAGCUCGGAUUUCCUGAUCGCCCUCUCACUCCUGCCGCCCUCAUUACACCCUCAGUCCAAAAUUGGGGCCGGCCUUACUCCGAUAUCAAAAUCUCCAUAGGUGGCAUUCCCAACUAUUCUGUGCGCGUCCAGCUCGUUAGCUUCGAGGCCGACUACAUUGCCGCCACAGCCGCUUCUGGCCCUAAUAUUGGGGCUGUUUCGCGGCAGGUGGUCGUGAAUGACAGCGAUCACCACCGGUGCAUCACAGCCCUCGACCCUGGAAAUGGACAUCAGAAGAUCCGUAUUGCUCCCCUCGCGCUUCGCACAGUCGGCGACCAGGAUCCCUGGCGGGUGCACUCGACAAUCAGUGACCCCUGGUUGCCCAUGCAAGAGGUCGAUAUUGACAUCGAUAUCCGGCCAUGUGCCGAGGGCCGCUGCGAGCAUACCCAGAAGCCACCAAGUUUCUAA